GGCGGGUCUAGAGAUUUAGCAUCGGAGGGUCACCUGUCAACCUACUAAAGUACUAAUCGUGAUCUUGGAAUUUUUCCUACAAUCAAGCACAAUCAGAAAUAGGGGUUUGUGUUUACUGUUUUUAUAUUGAUGACAAGGGCCCUUUUCACAAAUUAAAAAUAUUUUCAGGGUAUCUUACUAAUACAGCAUGGAUACCACUUUACCUGGAUAAUUUUGAAGUGGACAAAUGCGAAUUUCUAUUAAUAUGUAGGAAAAAUGUCCAAAUGCACGAUGGUGACUAGUGUCCUGUAACUCUCAUGGAAAAUGUAAUGAAAAUGAUCUCCUGCCAAUUGGGUAAACGACAAAAAAUUGAUAUUCUGUUAGAUGUAAGAUGUGGAUUUGUGAUAUAAUAUUUCAUGUGAUGGUGAGACUGAGGAGGUGCAGUGCUGGGCUAUCGAACAGAUUGGGACCAGGAUUUGAGUUUGACACUGGCCUGGCAGGAGCAUAAGUGAUACUGUGUUCAUCCUUCCAUUUCAAUACUACUUAACUAACAAAUUUUUUUUUGUUCUUCUGGUUGUGGCUGCUCCGUGCAUAUUUUGGCCUAUCAGUGUAGAUAUUAAAGCAUUGUGCAUUCCAUAUUUACUGGUCCUUUCUUGAGGGUGCAGUAUUUCUACAUACAUUUUCCAGAUAUAUGGAUCAGGACAUAUCCUUCUCACCAGGUGCGGAUUCCCCAGCAUGAACCCCAUUAUGGGACCCUCCCUUUGUUUUAGGGUCGUGUGUGGUACGUGCACAUAUUUUUCUAAUUUGAAACCGUUUCCACAAGGGUAAGGGUAGGUUCAACCUCAUCUCAACCUGAUUGUCGGACUCUCCCCUUGUGAGAGGUCUGUCUCAAGAUAUGUGUCCAAAAGUUGUGCUUCUAUCCUUUCUCAUUAUAGUGAUUAUAAUGAACUGUCUAGUGCCGUGUAAAAAAAAAAAAAAAAACUAAAAAAAAAACAAACUAACUGUCUAGUGCCGUGUAAGAUAAUUGAUACUCCAUUGUCAACUCAUUUGCUUUAAAAUGCAGGAAAUAACUUGUGUAUCUCUUGUGGAUUGAUUUCUUUAUCAUAGUUUUUCUCUUCAUCAAGGAAGGAUGGUAUGGAUUUUCUUACAUUACUGCAGAAAACUUCAGAAGACAAAGUAGCUCCAGUCGGAUAUAGAGUGCACGGUUGUAAAUUUUCAUCUGCUUCUGCCCUAGACCUGAGGUGCUUCGAGAUGGAAAAGGAGAAAGAAGACAGUUCCUCUCCUAGGGGAGUUUUAGAAGCAUGGAUAAGGGGCUUGGACACUGAAGCUGGUUCUCCCAGCACCAACGUCGCAACACCCAAAACCUCUUCUUCAAAUUCAAAUUCGCAUUCUCGCUGGAGAGUAUUCUUCAAACUGUUGAAGAAAAGCUCUAUAAAAAGGUUACCCUCUUUUCCUCCUCUCACCGUGCCGAAGAUAUCAAGUAGAAAGAGCAGAAGUAUGAGAGAAAACGUAGAUGAAGAUCUCUGUUAUUUCAAGUCUUCCUGGAAGAACUUCACCUUCUCUGACCUCAAAAUCGCGACAAACAAUUUUAGCCAUGAAAAUUUAAUCGGGAAAGGUGGUUAUGCUGAAGUUUACAAGGGCUGUUUGCCAGACGGGCAGCUUGUAGCAAUUAAGCAAGUGAACAAAGGGACAACUGAAGAGCAGACAACAGGCUUUUUAUCUGAGAUCGGCAUUAUUGCUCAUGUAAAUCAUCACAAUACUGCGAAAUUAAUUGGGUUCGGAGUUGAAGGAGGAACAUAUCUUGUUCUUGAGUUAUCUCCUCUUGGGAGCUUAGGAUCACUUCUUCGUGGUUCCAAGGAAAAGCUAGAUUGGGCUGUUAGGUAUAAGAUAGUUCUAGGCAUUGCUGCUGGCCUGAUGUAUCUUCAUGAGAAUUGCCAAAGGCGAAUUAUUCACAGAGACAUCAAGGCUGAUAACAUUCUGCUGACAGAGAAUUUUGAGCCUCAGAUUUGUGAUUUUGGGCUCGCAAAAUGGCUCCCAAAAGACUGGACUCACCACCAUGUUCCAAAAUCUGAAGGUACAUUCGGCUAUUUUGCUCCGGAAUACUUCAUGCAUGGUAUCGUGGAUGAGAAAACUGAUGUGUAUUCUUUCGGGGUGCUUCUUUUAGAGCUGAUUACGGGGCGUGAAGCCUUGGAUGAUUCAAAGCAAAGUCUUGUGCUUUGGGCAAAGCCAUUGAUCAAUGACAAUAGUGUCAAGAAACUUGUUGAUCCUUCUCUUGGUGAUAGUUACAAUCCAGAAGAGAUGGAUUGUGUCAUCUUGACUGCAUCUUUGUGCACAGAGCAAACUCCAAUUCUACGUCCUCGAAUGAGUCAGGUUGUUACACUUCUCAGAGGUGAAAAUUACCCGGAAUGUUCGAAAGAAUGUCAAAAGGGGUCCCUCCAACGAACAUUCUCAGAAGAGAUCUUUGAUGCAGAAGAAUACAACUCAACAAAGUAUUGGAGUGAUCUCAAUCGACAUAAGGAGGUCGCUCUCGGUUUCUGAAAUCAGUUAUCGUAUAUCGAAAACUAGUACAUACGGAUGGUAGAGAUUAGAAGGGGAAGCCCAAGAUGGAACUAAUUUAAAGUGCUUUUUUGUAAAGCAGGUAGCAAAGACUUUGAUUCCAGAUUUUACUCAAGAAACUCCCCCUUAGUUUUGUCUAAUGUGGCGGGUGGCAUUUCAUGAUUUAGGAACUCAAUUUCUGAAAUUUUUGUACAGUAAUUGAAGCACAGUCGGAGUAGCAUGGAAGUUAAUACAGAAACAGAAAAUGAUGAUCUUUCGACUUU